CCUCACUUCCGGCUCCAGCGUGUCACAUGACCAAAACAAGCCAUCAUGGCGUCAAACAUGAGCAGUAUUAGCCGAUACGGGCGCCACUUUCAAUCCUCCUCCAUCCGUGUUGAAUAAUAGAGAGCAGGCUCAGUCUGCACUCAUGUUUAGUAUCUGGAGACACAGUUCUGUAGUUUGUCGCUGUGAGUUUGAGCGGCUGUUUAAAGAGCUGUGAAUGAAGCUGCCAGUAAUGGAGGAGGAGGAGGAAAACAACAGAGAUACAUUUUUACGAGUUCGAGCUAACAGGCAAACAAGAUUGAAUGCCCGUAUAGGAAAGAUGAAGAGGAGGAAGCCUGAGGAGGGGGGCCAGGUAUGUCCGCUGUGCAGCGCCCCAUUGGCUGGGAGCGAGGAGGAGAUGAGUAGACAUGUGGAACAAUGCCUGAUCCAGCGUGAGGGCGCGUUAGACGAUGACUCUGCAGACAUGGAUGGAGAGAACGGACGGGGCUUCGAGGAGUACGAGUGGGCGGGGCAGAAGAGGAUCAGAGCUACGGCCUUGCUGGAAGGAGGCUUCAGAGGAACCGGUUUUGCCACGUGUAGCAUCAAGGAGAGCGCGGCAGACAGCGACGUUGAUCUUGACGUGGAUGGAGACGACACCUUGGAGUACGGCAAGGCCCAGUACACCGAGGCUGACAUCAUCCCCUGCUCCGGAGCCGGGGAGGACCAGGGAGAGGCCCGGGAGAGGGAGGCGCUACGGGGAGCUGUGCUCAAUGGUGGGAUGCCCUCUAACAGAAUAACGCCUGAGUUCUCCAAAUGGGCCAGUGACGAGAUGCCUUCAACAAGCAACGGCGAAAGCAGCAAGACAGACCCCAGCACUCCUUCAUCCUCCUGCUCUUCCUCCUGUGUCCCACGCACCUGUAAAAACAGUGAGAUCGAAAAGGUAACGGAGGAGGAGUCCACGGCCACCACCAUGGAGGCUCUGAAGGCUCGGAUCAGAGAGCUGGAGAGGCAGAUACUGAGAGGAGACCGAUACAAGUGUCUCAUCUGCAUGGACUCGUACACGAUGCCGCUUACCUCCAUCCAGUGCUGGCACGUCCACUGUGAAGAAUGCUGGCUCAGGACUCUGGGGAACAAGAAGCUGUGCCCGCAGUGCAACACCAUCACCUCGCCCGGAGACCUGAGGCGUGUCUACUUGUAAAGAGCACACCCACCCUCCUCCUCUCCCGCCCUGCGCCUCCUCAUCCUUCCAAUCCAUUCCUCCUUCCCUUUUGGAUUUCAACACCCUCCCCCCCACGUUGGUUGUCAUGAUGUCCCUCUCUCUCUCUACGCCGGGGUCGCCAGCUUCCAAAACCCUCCAAGAGCAAACAGAGGCGAGACAGCUGUCUCUGCGACGCCACAGACUCUUUGUGGAGGUAAAAACUGGAUGAAAUUGAGUAGAAACUCUCAGACUCUCUGGCUGACUGCCUGGCCCAUGACUAAAAAGAAAAGAAAAAGUGAAGACCUUGAACCUCACAGAUGGACAGGCUUGUUUCCUCUCCCUUGCUGACAUCACUUUGUGUACAUGUAACCCGGGUUCUCCACUGAAGGACUUGUAGUCACCCCAUGACUGCUGUGGAGACACCCCAAUACCCAGCUAAGCCCUGCGGAGACCUGGCAGCUUCAUGCAGCCGGAGCUGGAAGGAACUUCUUAAUACAGACUCUAAAGACUACUUUCCCCCCUCUCUAGCUCUUCUUUGACAUUUCAGUGGUGCUGGACAAACAGGCUGUACAUCGAAACCCUCGACGGAAAGCUUCUUUUCUUAUUGGUUCCAUUUUUUGAGGAGGAAAUUUAUCUUCACGCCCCCCCGUUGCUUACGAGAAUUAAAAAAAGGGCCUCCCCACUAAAACUGAGCUUUCAACCAAACUGAGAAAACCUCACAACCUUGAAAUGGAGUGUUACACUCCUUCCCCUUCCUCUUCUUCUCCUCCUCCUCCUCCUCCUCCUCCAGAGCCCUUCACUCCUCUUCGUCCCUUUUUUGUGGUGUUCUAGUGAAGUAAACCAAAAUUUUCCCUCCUCCAAGAUGCAGUGCAAGCACAUGUAAUAUAGUUCUAUGUAUGUUUACAAUGUUGGGUGUAAAUGACAUAGAGUUCACACACACACACAUGUACACACAGAUGCAAACACGUGCAGACACACACAGAAGUAUAUAAUAUCAAAGUCCUGUUUUUAGUUGGAAGGGUUGGGGAAUGAUGUUCUGGGGAAAAAAUGGCUGGAAUAAAAAAAAAAAAGCCUUCUGUAUUUUUAAAAAAGAAAACCAUUUGAAGAUCCGUCAAAGUUUUAUUUCACUGUACAGGAAUAAAAAAUCUAAAUAAUAAUAAACUACUCAGACUAGAUGGUCAAGAUUUAGGUGGUGUAAUUUUUCUGCAGAGAACCAUGAAAAAAAGCAAGGAAAGAUGUUUUUUUUAGUUGAAUGGAGAGUUUCCAAUUCAGCAAACAAGCAGAAAGAUGCUCUUAAGUUGCAACAUUGUCCAACUGAGCGUCCUCUAUUGAACCUCCAGCUCUGCUUCCUUUCAUCUGGAGGGACAUCAUGCUCAGAUCAUAGUCUAGAGACGUUUUCUUUUACCCCCUACAUAUCUCCCCAAAAAAGUGUUUUCCAUUGCUAUGCUGCAAAAACUUCCCCCAAAAACGGCAACCAUGAAGGGCAGCUUCUUUUUUAGCUAUAACAAAUUUUGGGAGUCUCUUGUAAAAGAAGGAUGGCCGAGGCUGAACUGGCAACCACCAGAACCUGCAGCAUCCCCGUCCCCCUUUUUCCCUUUACGACAGCAGCAGCAGCAGCAGCAACCAAGGUGGUGGUGUGCUUUGUGUUUGUAAAACUAUGUAUUCUGUGACGUCUGUAUUGUUGUAAGAAAUGCUGAAAAAAAAGAAAAAAUAAAACUUCUCAAAUACAA